GUCUACGUCACCCUGGCAAAUAAAAAGUCAGUGGCAACUUAUUCCUCCAUCCCUCAACACAUUCCUCUGCACAUUAAGCUAUAACAUUAUGAGUGGAAAGCUCAGCCGAGAGGAGUUCAGGAAGCAGAAGGACUUGGAGGCAGCCCGAAAGGCAGGAACAGCUCCAGCAGCCAGGGACGAGGAGGGCCGAGAGAUCAACCCACAUAUUCCACAGUACAUCUCGGAAGCACCAUGGUAUAUUAAUGAUGGCCAUGCCUCAUUGAAGCAUCAAAAGGCUCCUAGGGACGCUGAUCAAUUCACGGAUGAAUGGUAUCAGAGAGGACAAAGAGCUGGUCCAGCAGCAACGAAAUACCGAAAGGGAGCAUGCGAGAAUUGCGGUGCAGCAACACACAAGACCAAGGAUUGUGUGGAACGUCCACGGAAGAAGGGCGCCAAAUGGACCGGAAAGAACAUCAAGGAGGAUGAGAUCCUCCAAAAGGUAGAAAUGUCUUUUGACGCCAAGCGGGAUCGAUGGAACGGUUACGAUACAGCGGAACACAAAAAGAUUUAUGAGGAAUAUGAAAAGGUCGAGGAGGCACGGAGGAAACUGAAGGAGAGCGAAUUGGAUAAGCAGGAUGCCAAGGCCGCUGCUAUGGCUUCAAGAAUGGAGAACGACGCAAACGAAUUUGGCGACAGUGAUGAUGAUGAUGAUGACGAGGAAAAGUAUGCGGACAAAUCCGAUAUGCCUGGCCAGAAGGUUAACGCCAAGACAAGAACGACGAUCCGCAAUCUGAGAAUUCGUGAGGAUCGUGCGAAAUAUCUGUACAAUCUGGAUCCCAACUCUGCUCACUACGAUCCCAAGACCCGCUCUAUGCGUGACAAUCCACUCAAGGACCAGGAUCCCAGCACUCUCAUCUAUGCAGGAGACAACUUCCAGCGUUACUCUGGCAACACGACUGACAUGGCGAACGUACAGCUGUUUGCAUGGCAAGCAGCGGAAAAGGGCUCGGAUGUUCACAUGCAGGCCAACCCUACGCAGGCUGCGAUUUUGCACAAGAAGUUCAAGGAAAAGAAGGCGCAGCAACAGGAUACGAACAAGGAGAGCAUUCUGGCCAAAUAUGGAGGCGAGGAGCAUUUGGAUGCGCCUGCUCGGGAGCUUUUGCUGGCUCAGACCGAGAACUAUGUCGAGUACUCUAGAUCAGGAAAUGUCUUGAAGGGACAGGAGCCAGCGAAAGCAAAAUCAAAGUAUCAGGAAGAUGUCUACAUCAACAACCACACCUCUGUUUGGGGUUCGUUCUGGGCCGAUGACAAGUGGGGCUACAAAUGCUGCCGCUCUUUCAUCAAGAUGUCUUAUUGCACAGGCAAGGCUGGAAUCGAGGCACAGGAGGCAAGCGCCAACAUUCUCUCGUCAACGUGAAAGUUUGCUCAUCUCUGUACCAAUAGCAUCAAUAAUAAAACUGUCGAGUCGCAUGGCAUAUCCCU